GAUCUUGAACGCACGUUGCCAGUUGCAGCGCUCGAAGAUGGAAGCCCGGAUGCAGUCAAGAAGAAGCCGGAAACACGGCAACGAGGAGAACAAGAUGUCGCUUCACCAACCCCUCAAAGGAAGCGUGUCCUGCUCAAAGGUGUGAUGCAAUGCACUCGCAAAAAAGACCGUUACAGACAAGGUGCACGUUACCAUGCGUGUAUCGGCUGCAGAAACUUGGUGCUUCGCUCGCAGGAGACUGCGAGCCUUGAUGCAGCCAUAGACAUGCACAUUAGCUUGGUUCGCAUGAGGCAGCACAUUUUCUCCCAAGUGGAUGCCGGUGCGUCAGCGAGCCAAGCACUGAAGGAUGCUGCAGAAGCAACGGAGCAAGAACGGAAAGCUGCAGCCACGUGCCCGCUUAAGAUUUCCUUCAGGGUACUGUUCUCACAUAAUCGGUAUUCAAAGUCGUCGCGGCUCGUGGGCCAAAUCGCCCCGAUUUGGGAGCAGCAACUUCAAUAUAGAAACAAAGCACGCAAAAGGAGGGAAGACCUUGCCCAACAGAGACAAUUGAGACAGUUGAAGAGAAAAAACGAAAUUGAACAAAGGCGCAACGCUCGCAAGCUGCGCAAGGCACAAGCUGAAGCCCGUCGGCGACGACGUGCAGAGGCAAAGUCUGCCAAAAUGCAGACGAAUCGCGUGAAGAAAGAAGCAGCUGCAGAAAAGCGGGCUCAAAGAUUGCGCACGAAGCUUCAUGUCUUGCGGAAGCAUGCCGUAAUGCGGCUCAAAUGCUUGCAGAAGGACGAGCGGAAGCAACAGCGAGCGGCUCUUAGGAAGUGGGGGGUCACUGAACUCCCACUUGGCUUGCGGUCUGAAACCUUCCGUGACUUGAAUGACGUUCUUUGUGCUGAACUCAUUCUUCAAGAUGGAACGGCACAACUGGGCCCGUUCCGGUUCUGCCUUGCAGACGCACAGCGUGAUUUGGAUGAGCUGCGUCUGUUACAACGACA